GCUGUCAGGUGAGUGUGCGGCUGCAGGUCAGGGAGAGGAGCUUUGCCAAUACGAGAAUACACUCUGGUGAAAAUAAAAACUUAUUUUAACCUCUUUUCAGGGAAAAGCGAUAUUACCCAGCUUUACAAAUGCUUCACCUGUUUCUCCAGCAUGUUCUCUCUGAGGAAAAGGUCUCAUAGGUAGCAUUCAAUCACCUCGGACCGUGACGUGGAAAUGGUCACCUGGGCUGCCUUGCUGACUAUAUGUAUAUGGAUCCAAACACAAACUGCCUCAGGACAGCACAAAUGUCCCUUUACUCCACGCACGUCAGUGGAUUACACUGUAAAAUACCCCCUCCCUUACUUCCAAACAGACAAACCCAUACAAAACAUAGCUGUGAAUGGGAUUUUGGAUCAGACUGAGGUGUAUGUUGCAAGCCAGAAUGUAAUAGAGGCAGUUAGUGCUUCUUUGGAGAAGAUAUGGGAGGUGAGAACUGGACCUGUUGGCAGUGCUGAGUGUGAAACCUGUCAGGUGUGUGACAUAGAUGCAGACCCAGGAGAUCCAGUGGAUACAGAAAAUGAGGUUUUGAUUAUUGAUUUUGCUGUUUUUCCUAAUCCUUACUUAUAUACAUGUGGAAGUACUCAACAUGGGAUCUGUCACUUCAUGGAGGUCGGCUCCUCAAAACCUGAGCCUCAGUGUUUGUACAAAUACGAGAAAAACUCUCCUUCAAACUGUCCAGACUGUGUGGCCAGUCCACUUGGCACCAAGGUGACCAUUGUUGAACAGGGAUUCAUAUCGCUCUUCUUCGUAGCAGCUUCUGUCAACAGUGAUCUGGCGAACAGAUAUCCCCGGAAGUCAAUAUCAGCAAUGAGGCCGCUUUCUACUGAAGACGGCUUUGAGAGGAUCAACAAGGGCCUGACAGUGCUUGAGAGCAUGCAGGAUUCAUACAGGAUCAACUACAUCUACAGUUUUGCCACCAAGGAUUUUGUGUACUUUCUGUCCCUCCAGAGGGAAAACCCACCAAGGAGCGAUACAGCUUUCCAGACUCGACUUGGACGUUUGCCAAUUGCAAUUCCAGAGGUGUGGAUGUACAGGGAAGUGGUCCUGGAAUGCAGGUAUGACCCUAAACGUAGGAGAAGGAGAAGAAGUGAUGUGUACAGGGAUGUUGUUUACAACGGGCUGCAGGCGGCCUACUUUGGGAAAGCAGCAGCAAAGUUGGCAGAAGAGCUUGGGGUGGAUGAGACGGAGGAUAUUCUGUACGGAGUGUUUGCAGAAGUGAACAAUACAGGGCAGCCAAAAAAGAGCUCAGCCCUGUGUGCCUUCCCUUUGACUAAAGUGAACCAAGCCAUUGAUGCAGGUGUGGAGGCGUGCUGCAAGUCAGGGACAGAGCAGCUGUCCAGAGGUCUCUGUCACUUCCAGCCGUGUGAGAGCUGCCCACAUGAAAGCUCUGAAGGCAACAACACGUGCACAACCAAACCCACUCUGGUGUCGAAACCGUUCUACAGACUGGAUCUUUUCAACAGGCAAAUGAGAGACGUCCUUUUCACCGCUCUUUUGGUCACAACUAUCGAGGAUCAGACGAUUGGCCACUUUGGUACCUCAGAUGGCCGGAUACUGCAGGUGGUUCUUAGUCUGAACACGCCUACUGUUUUUGCCAACUAUUCUCUUGAUGGAUCAGCGGUGUCCAGGAACGCAGCUGUGUACUCAGAAGAUUCACUUCUCUUCAUAGUGGGAAAUAAGAUGUUUAAAGUGCCCUCUGCAGGACCAGGGUGUGCACAUUUUACGACCUGCUCCAAAUGUUUGAAGGCUCCACUCUUCAUGAACUGUGGCUGGUGUUCGGGAAUCUGCUCAAGGCAACAUGAGUGUUCCUCACAGUGGAACAAAGACUCCUGUGCGCCUGUCAUAACAGAGUUUUUCCCAAAAAUGGCUCCUGCUGCCGGCGAGACAGAGAUGACACUGUGUGGCUUCGAGUUUCGGUCUCCUCGGCCUCCUAGCAUCAUCAACAGACAAACCCACAACAUCACAGUGGGCUCUGGGACACCAUGUCUUCUACUUCCUUGGAAGGGCAGUAGUGAACAGCUGGUGUGCAGGAUUCAGCAAAGCAGUCCAAACGAGAAUCUCACCAUCACUCUGGAUGUGAAUGAGGGAAAAGGGAAAAGUGACUACUCCAUUAAGGGCACAGCUCGGACGUCUGGCUUCUCACUUGUGGAGCCGAGCGUAACAGAAAUCAGUCCUGACUAUGGACCCGUGUUUGGAGGAACAGCGCUGACACUGACAGGCAGAUACCUUAACUCUGGGAUACAGAGAGAUGUCUAUUUAGGCGAAAAAAAGUGUAAAAAUCUAAGUACUUCUAAGGAGAGUGAAACUCUGACCUCAAUCACCUGCAACACAGCAGCUGUAACUGGUCAGGGGAAUGUGUCUGUCAGAGUCUUCAUUGACAAAUAUGAAAUGAAGACUACAAAGACAUUCUCCUACAGGAAAAACCCUGUUAUAACAUCUGUGCAACCUCUCUGCAGUUUCCAGAGUGGCUCCAAGCUGGUGAUAGAAGGUCAGAAUCUUGACUCUGCACAUGAAACUGUGAUUCAAUACACUCCAAGAUCAUCCCAUGAGCCUCUUCGACAUGUCUGUAGUGGAACUAAGAAUGCAACGCAUAUGGAGUGCUGGGCCCCUGCUCUUCCUGAGGAAAUGCCAGAAGACAAGUCUGACACCGGAGACAUUUUUAUUCACAUGGAUGGAAAAAGUAAUAUCUGGAAGAGACGUUUCGACUACCAUCCUGAUGUUAAAGUCAUUCCCUUUGAAAGUGAUGAUAAUUUAUUACCACUAAAACCAGGAGAAACAGAAGUUUCACUGCAUCAUAGCAAACUGAAUACAGUCAGCACAUGCAUGAAGAUCAUUAUGACCAUUGGGGGUGUGAACUGCAAUGCUCAGGUUCUCUUAAAUGAGCUGACAUGCAGGAUCCCUAAAGGUAUGAUUAUUCCCAGCGAGGGAUUGCCAGUUAAGGUGUUUGUGAACGGUGAAGUCUAUGACGUGGGUACAGUGGUGAACAAUGAUACCAACCAGGCCACUGUGAUUGUGGGCAUUGUACUUGGAAUCCUGGCUGCUUUGGUAGUCGGUGCCUGCCUCGCAUUAGUGGUGAUGAUUCACUUGAGGAAGAAAAAGCGAGCUAACAUAGAGAAUCGAUUAUCAACGAUGCUUUCCCGGAACCGCGGGGGGAGUGCCAAUAAUUCCUCCCCUUCAGGUGACUACAGAAGAAUAGAUCUGUCCAGUCAAACAUCGGGUUCAGGAGGAAUGGCUUUUCAAGGAUUAUUAUAUGCUGCCAGCUAUGAUCAUCUGGCCAUCCCCUUAAUGCCCAGAGAUACGAUCUCAAUGGUCAGUCUGAGCUCUGACCUCCUCGAGGAGGUCAAAGACGUCCUGAUCCCUGCUGACAUGCUCCGAAUUGAGGAUAGCCAGGUCAUUGGCAAAGGCCAUUUUGGAACAGUUUAUCACGGAUACCUGAUAGACAGCAACAAGCAAGAGACCCACUGUGCUGUCAAAUCAUUAAACAGGAUCACAGAUUUGGGGGAGGUGGAUCAGUUCCUCAGAGAGGGCAUCAUCAUGAAAGGUUUUCACCACCCAAACAUACUAUCUCUGCUGGGCAUCAUGCUGCCAAAAGAAGGGCUACCUCUGGUGGUGCUACCGUACAUGAAGCAUGGGGACGUACGGCAUUUCAUCCGCUCAGAGAAAAGGAGCCCAACAGUCAAAGACCUGAUUGGCUUUGGGCUUCAGGUUGCCAAAGGUAUGGCGUAUUUAGCCCAGAAGAAAUUUGUCCACAGAGACCUGGCUGCACGGAACUGCAUGCUGGAUGAAACCUUCACUGUGAAGGUGGCUGAUUUUGGCAUGGCAAGGGACAUCUACGACAAAGAGUAUUACAGCAUUCAAGACCACAAACGGGUGAAGUUGCCAGUGAAGUGGAUGGCCAUCGAAAGUCUGCAAACACAAAAGUUUACAACCAAGUCUGACGUAUGGUCGUAUGGUAUAUUAAUGUGGGAGCUGCUAACCAGAGGUGCAAGCCCGUACCCAGAUGUGGACCCGUAUGACAUCACGCACUAUCUAUUGAAGGGACGUCGGCUUCCACAGCCUCAGUUUUGCCCUGAUACCCUUUAUUCCAUCAUGUUGGCAUGUUGGGACCCGGAGCCUGAGUGCAGACCCAAUUUCAGCAGCCUGGUGUCAGAAGUACAACACAUCCUAUCCUGUCUGGAAGGAGAACACUACAUUGGUCUGAAGGUACACUACGUCAACUUGGACCAACCGAGACCUUACCCGUCCUUGACUGGAUCUGCAGACGAGGCUGAGGCCUCAGAUUCUGAUGCGGACUCUCGUGCUGUUAGCUGAGGAUCACCAGCCCCAAGACUCUAUGGUACAGACACAACGGCUGCAGCAGAUGAAAGGGUUUGCUGCUCAUCCAAAGGACACUAUGCCACUUCUAAACUCUUAUGUGAGCUCAGACAGUAAUGCUAAGAGGUCUCCAUGCCUUUUCUGAUUUUCUGAUAGCUUAAGCAUUUAUACGGAAAGGUUGCCUGGCACUGGAGCAAAUUCCCAGCUGGCAUGGAGACAAAUAAACAUUCACACCUUCUUCAAUAGUCUAAUUUAAUUCGUCCAUGAAACUAUCCUGGGCUCUAGGAGGAAGCAGAAACAUCUGGAAACAACCUGCACAAGGAGAACGUGCAGGCGUCAGCCUGAAGCAGGUUUGAAUUUAGAGGAAGCAUCACCAAUCAAUAACUGCUGCCGCUGUUUGUUUGUAUCAAAAUAGAGACAACACGCUGGAAAUGUUUGUUCAGACAUCUGAAGCACAAGUGUGAAUGAGACAAAAUGAAUGUAAAAAUAUGCCUUUGUUAAUAGACUUGUAGAAUAGGAUGUAGGUUUACAAGAGACAGUGUUAGUGUUGUAUAGAUACAUGGUAUGUCUUUACACCGUUACAUAAGACUUUUAGACAGGGGUCUAUAAUGCUGACAUGUUCUCAGGGGUCACAUAUUGAUGUUCUCAUGUAUUUUCUUGCUGUUUAGCAGCAGCAUCUAGAUGAAACCCAUUCAUGUAGGGCUUUAGAUUGUGGUGUCAACACAAGAGGCUGUGAACAUGUGUUGUAAUUGCACUGGUUGCUGAAUCUACUCAGAUUUUGAAGCACAGAUACUGAAAAGCUCUGCAGCCACUGAAUUAUACAUGGAGCUGUCUGAUCUGUUCAAAAAUCAGCCUAGGCUUACAAACAAACCUAGAUCCUCUCUUCAACACUAGAGGGCAGCAGAUGCCUCCUCCUGAAGCGGCUGCUGCUGGUGCAGUGAUGCUCUACACUACAGCAGACAGGCUGACACUAAGGUGUUACACAAACAACACGCCUAUAAUCAUUUAAACCUCAGAGCAAACGAUAUCAGCAUGUCAAUCUCUCCAAGACGAACUGUUUUCAAUUUUUUUUCCUGCCUUUAAUUUAACUGAUCGCCACAGCAAAUCAGACAAUCCCAAGAUUUUCUCAUUUUGGCACUGAAUUUCCUUUUUUUUUUUUUUUUUUUUUUUUUUAAUAGGACUGAUAAUGCCAGAAAAAUGCAGUUUUCA